AUGGAGUGCGUCCUUUGCUUUGAAAGGUCACUCUAUGUCGGUGUGCCCGAAUGCAACCAUAAGUCUGUAUGCUCUCUCUGCUGAUUUCGAAUGAGAUCUCUACUAAGCUCCCUCUAGUCGGAAGCAAAAAAAUUUGUUCGUCCAUUUUUCAAAUUGAUUUUUUAUAAAACUUCGAGUAAUUUUUUUCAAAAUUUAAAAAAAUCCAUUCGCAAAGAUUGGAAAUAGGAAUUAAUUUAGUUUAUAAAUUUAAAUUUUAGAAUUCACGCUGUUUAAAAUUCAAUAGAAUCAAUGAGGGAUUUCGUUAUAAUAGGUUCAUAUAUAUACUAAAUAUUUUUUAUAAAAAAAUAUUUUGCUCUAUUUUUCCCGAAAAAUAGCGAUUUUUCUUAUGGUUUUGCUCAUUUAUGGAAAGGGAAGUAAGUGACACAAGAUGCCCUGUGUGCCGUCAUUCAUCUGAUAAAAUUUUUGUCGUCUCUGACCCGAGUAUUGACUAUGAAAAUUUAUCCAAACAAAUGUGAGGAGAUGUAGGCCCAAAAGGCUUUGAACAGGAUUUCAAAACUGGUAUGUUCGUUCAAGACGCAACAGAAAUGAUUAGGCUCACAAAUUUCAGAAAAUUGAUUUGCCGAUUUUGCUUUUGCGAAAUCAAAUCAAUUGAGAAGUUCAGGCAUCACAUGAUCCAAUCCCAUGGCGUAUUUUUUUGUGAGCUCUGUAUGAAUCAUAAUAAAAUGUUUCCUGCAGAGCAAACUCUAUACAAUGACACAGCACUAAUCCAACACAAAGAAAGCGCCCAUAUAAAGUGUCAGCUUUGCCCACAGUUUUUGUAUGACGACCGAGAGUUAUUGAAGCACAUCAGAGAAAAGCAUUAUUUUUGCGAGCUUUGUCCUAUAGAAGUUCGACCAGCAUUUGGUGAUUAUGAAACUAUUGAAAAGCAUUAUAGGCAAGCUCAUUAUUUAUGUGAGGUAGAAAUGUGUAGAGAAACUAGAAAUAUAGUUUUUAUGACAUAUGAGGAUUUAAGGGAUCACUAUAGAGAAUUGCAUCCUUCACUUCAGCCAGCGAUUUCUGUUGGCUUUAGAUUCAAUGAUGAGCCUGAUAAGUUUGUCCCUGCAAUAAAUGAUACUAGUGAGAAAACCUUUUCUGUGCCAGCUAUGAACCGAGAAGAAAGAGAUUCAAAUUUUCCUGCCUUAGCCCCUGCAGCCCCAGAGCCAACUGCUCCUUCAUAUAAUAAAAAGCAAAAGCCAAAGCCAAGCAAUAGCGAUUUUCCUGCACUCUCUUUAGCAAAGUCCUCAAAUGAUGUGCAAAGAGUUGAUUAUUCAAAUUCAAGCUUAAGCAAGCAAAAGGCUCCAAAGGCAAAAGUUUAUGUAGCUAACCCUGUGCCAAAUCCUUUGCUACCAGCUCCAAAAGUUAAUCCAAAUCAGCCUGUCCAUCCAAUUAGUUUAAAGCCAAUUGAAGAGCAGAAGCAAAGCCCUCCAAAGAAAAAAGUUAAAGAAGAUUCCAAGCAGUCAAAUAGACUUCUAGAAGAAAUCACAAAACUAAACAAAAGGGAAGCCACUCCUGAAGACUUUUUGACAUUCUGCAACGAAGAAAGCAUUAAUGUUGACUCCCAGUUCAUUUCAUUACUUAGAGCUAACAUUGUAUCAAACUCGCUAUGCGAAAAACUAAUCCAUAUUCUACAAAAUACUGGAUACAGGCCAAAAGCAAGGAAAGAGCCUGAGGAAACAAAAGUUAUACCAUCAAAAACUAAUCAAAAAAACAGCGAAAAAGCAAAAAACAACGGCUCUUCUUUAAUAGAGUUUCCAUCAUUAGUUAAUGAACAAAAAACAAAAGCUGCAGAGGAUCAUUACUCAAAGACUUUGACUGCAAAUGUUGUGAUCCUUACUCCCCUCGUCUGUAAGAGGACAAAACCACUGGGAAAAAUCCCUAUUUUUUUUGGGGUAAAAACCCACCCUCCGUGUGCGAACAAAAGAAUUGUUUAAUAUAAAAAUUUUGAUAUAUAAGUGAUAAUUAUUUGUUGAAAUCUCUAGCUAACUCCAUUAAAAUAUAUCAGCUUGCAUUUUAAAACUUAAAUUUUAUAAAUUUAAAUUAAUAUUGCUUUCAAAGUUUUGCGAAUCGGGAUUUUUUUAAAUUUCUAAAAAAACAAUUUACUAAAUUAUAUAUAAUUUUUAAAAAAAAUUCCAUGAGCAAACAAAAUUUUUUUGUUUGCUCACCGAGGGGGGAGUUAACAAUAAUCUCAUUAAUACCAAACUCUUCGUUAAAAGCAUGCUUGAAUUUGUCCCAAGAAAUGAAAUAAAUGAUGCGAAAAACAUUAUAAGAGAAAAAGUAAAAAACCAAGCAAAGCUUCAAGAAAUUUUCCAGCUUCUGGAAACUGAAUUGCAAUCACUGCAUUACGAAUCUGAAUAUCCUUCUUUGUUAACUCCAAAGCCUCCACCUCCAAAGCCCACUUCACAAAAUUCUAUUGCAGAAAUCAAAGAGAAGCUGAAGCUUUAUAAUGAAGGAACAAUUUCUGAAAAAGAGUUUGUAAAUGCAUGCUAUGAAAUUAUCCCAAGAAACCAAUUAAAUCAAGCUGUAAUAGAGAUAAGAAAUGCUAUUGAGGAUGAAGUAAAAAGAGAGAAAAUUAUUAAGGGAAUCGAGCGUAAAGUUAGCACAAAAUCAUAUGACGAAGAUUUUCCAACAUUAAAAGUAGUCAGACUUCCCCCUCAAAAGCAGCCUAAGAAUAAGAAAAAAAAUAACUAA